GCUUAACCUGCGAAAGGAGAGGCCGGAGAAAUGCCAUGCUAGGAAAUCCAGACAGCAAAACGCCGAAUUUCAUGCCGUGGACUCUUCCCCCUUUGAAAUACGGAAGAUUGCAGACUGCGUCUGGGACUGGGAAUAAGGAGGCUAGACAACAGACCAGGGGACGAAGGGGAGACAUGGGAGACUGGCUGAGUGGGCUCUGUCUCCUCGUCCCCUUGUCUGCAAAACACGCCCUCCACAUUACAGAUCAAGUUCGGUUUUGCCGAUCUCCUCCAGAAAGUGUUCAUGUACUGCUUUCUCAAGGCGAAGGAAAAACUCAAAGCAGCACCCGAAAGAGCCCGCAGCUCCGGGGAGAGAAUCGUGGGGGUGCGGAGGAGAUUCUCAGCAUGUGGAGCUUCAGACAGUUUUGUGCUGCAAUGCGGUGGUUGCCUGCUCCCCUUCAGCCGGUUGCAGAGGCUAGAGAAUGAAAUCUUCAGAAAACAACGGAUAUUUUGACAGCAGUAACGGCAGACCCUUUUAUGUGCAGGCCAUGGCCCAGCAUCCUUACCUGAGUCCCUGGUACCAGCAUCCCAUCUAUCAUCCAUUCUCUGCUCCUGGGGCAGGUGUCAGAUAUGGAAGUGUGUAUUUUCCAUAUGCAGUGAUGCUCAGCGAAUAUCCUGGCUUUCUCAUACCUCAGUCCCUGUUGCCUACAGUUAACAGAGGACCUGUGUUUUAUAAUACACCACAUUUCCAGCACUAUAAUGGCUGUGGAAAAGAAAAGAAAACAAGAGAGUGUCAAACUGAAUGUCAGAAGUCUAAAAACAUGAAUGAAAAACAAGACAACCACUCCGAAGGCGAUGGCCAUGACAUAGGUAGGGUGGCCAGUGUCCCUAGUACUAACACUGACAGAGAAACUGACAACAUUCCUGAAGAAACACGGGGGGCCUUGUCUUGUGAUGCCCAGAAGAGGGAGCUCCAUGGUAAGAGCCCUGGGGAUGAAAGUCUGCAGGGAAGUGCACCUCAAAGAAGCUGUGCGUCUGAGGGAGAGAAAAUGAGGAUGGAAGAGGGCAAAGGAUCCCCCGUCGUACAAUUCUGGAAGAGUUUGAAAGAAACUGUGCGUUUGUAUGACCUGGCUUACGGUAAAAGCAUGCCAGAGAACGGGGAGCAGCACAGUGGGAUUUCACAGAGUUCUUGUGAAGGUGGUAAUGUGCUCGAUAACCCUUGUGAGGCUGACAAGGGCAUUGCACAUAAAGAUGACCAAAGAGCUGGUCAGUUGGAGCAGUGCCUUGUAAGAUGUGAGAUGUUAAGGGCAGGAUCACUCAUGGACAUGAACUUGAAUAAAGCAGGACAGGUCCUGUCAUCUCCAGGUGAAGUUAAAGACAGAGGUCAGAUCCAUAAGACCGUGAACUCAGACACGUCCCAGUCUGCUGGAGGUGGCAGCAAGUACCAGCAGGAAAAGCCAUUCUGCUCCAGCAACGAAGGAGUGAAGGACUUGAGCCUACACUCCAAAUGCCAGACCCCCCAUUAUGUUGAGGGAAGAAUGGGAACAUGUAGUGGGGACCUUGGCUCCCUUCGGAAAGUGGUUGAUGAAGUGGUAGAGAGUAAAAGCUACCCAGAGGUGUGUGUCUCCCCCGCUGCCUGGUCAGCCCAGUUCAACAAGAUUGGUGAAGGAAUCCAGUGUGAUAGGAGCUGGUGGCAUGAAAUGGAGCAGAAGUCCUUGGGGUCGUCACCAGAAAGUCGGAAGGGAACCGUGGAUUCAGGGGGAAGUAGAGAUCUGGAUAUAUAUCAAGUGAUACUGAGUGACAGCUACCCUGAGUUGUGCACUUACUCGCCUCCCAGGUCACCCCAGACGAACAGGGUUCAUGAAGGAAUCCAGUGUUGUCGGUGCUGCUGCCAUGGAAUGGAGCAGAGGUCCCCGGGGUCAUCAGCAAGAAGUAGUGGGAAGGGAACAGAGGAGUCAGGUGCCAGUAGGGACCUGGAUGAAUAUGAAGUGCUGGAGAGUGACAGCUGCACUGAUGGGUGUGCUCUCUCUCCUGCCUGGUCAGCCCAGGUGAACAGGGCUCAUGAAGGAAUCCAGUGUGGUAGGUGCUGCUGGCAUGGAAUGGAGCAGAGGUCCCCGGGGUUGUCAGCAAGAAGUAGUGGGAAGGGAAGAGUGGAGUCAGGCGGGAGUAGGGACCUGGAUGAAUAUGAAGUGGUGGAGGGUGACAGCCACAUUGACUGGGGUGCUCUCUCUCCUGCCUGGUCAGCCCGGGUGAACAGGGUUCAUGAAGGAAUCCAGUGUUGUCGGUGCUACUGCCAUGGAAUGGAGCAGAGGUCCCCGGGGUCAUCACCAGAAAGUAGUGGGAAGGGAACAGAGGAGUCAGGUGCGAGUAGGGACCUGGAUGAAUAUGAAGUGCUGGAGAGUGACAGCUGCACUGACGGGUGUGCGCUCUCUCCUGCCUGGUCAACCCAGGUGAACAGGGCUCAUGAAGGAAUCCAGUGUGGUAGGUGCUGCUGGCAUGGAAUGGAGCAGAGGUCCCCGGGGUUGUCAGCAGGAAGUAGUGGGAAGGGAAGAGUGGAGUCAGGCGGGAGUAGGGACCUGGAUGAAUAUGAAGUGGUGGAGGGUGACAGCUACUCUGAGAUGUGUGUCCCUUCUCCUACCAUGUUGGCCCCACCCGGCUGUGUAGAUGUGGGCAUCAUGUGCAAUAUAAGCUUGUGCCAGGGCGAGGACGUCUUGGCGAAUCUUAAGGAAACUGCCCUGAUAGGUGAAGGGCCAUUGCCAUACUGUAGAAGAAAGGGUUCUGGGAGGUCAGUCAGCAGUAGGGAACUGGUUGGUGAAGUGGUAGAGAGGAAAAGCUACCCCGAGUCGUGUGGACCCUCUCCUACUUGGUCGGCCCAGUUCAACAAGGUUGAUGAAGGUAUUCAAUGUGAAUUGAGCUCACAGCAUGAUGCAGAGCUAGAGAAGUCCUCUGAGCAGAUGCUCUCUGCAGAUGAAGAGUCCUCAGCAGGCUGCAAGAUGAAGGGGUCAAGGAAAAAGUCAGUCAGGAAUAGGAAAGUCAACACAGAUGGAGAGGUGGUCGUGACUGAUGAGACUGCAGAGGUUUAUAACGAAAGCUUCAAAAAGAGUGCGAAAGUUAAAAAGGUUCUAAAAGGCAGGGAACUCCAAGCCCUGAGCAGCUUCUCAAAUGGUAGGGCAGUUGAUGUGUUGAAGAAAAAUGCUGCCCUGAACACCGUACUUCCCAAGGAUUCAGAGGACGGUGAGUUGGAAGAGGGAGGUGAAGAUGAAAUGGAUGAGGUAGAGUGCCUCCUUGAAGCUAGCCCAGAUAGCCCUCUGACAUCUUCCAGAGGAAGGUUUUAUGGCAAGGCUGGUAGGAUAAGCAGAAUGCCACCGGAGAGCUCUGUCCCCCAGCUUCCCAUCUGGCCCACUGGAAAUGAGUACAAAGCAAAGCAUGGCGACUAUGGGAGCAUCCCUGUGGUCUGCAAGGCGACGGGACCGGAUGGCUGUGAGAUCAACUGUGGCAGGCUGCGAAUGGAAUGUACCGUGGCCAAACGGGAGGGCUUGGAGUCCAGGAGAGCCUCCUGUGGACCAGUGCAGUCUAACUGUGAGAGAUCAAAAACCAAGGCAUCUUACAAAGUAACAAGCAAGCAAAGAGACUGGAAGCAGUAAAGCCUUGGAAAUACUCAGCAGGCAAAGAGGUUGGUAUUUAACUGUUGUUUUGAUGUGAUUUGCUCUUAGGAUUUACUUUGGGGGUUUCGUACUGGCUGCCUGUUCUGCCCUCAGCUAGCACUGUUGUGGGUGAUCAAAAAUGGCAGCAUUCUAACCAGGUCAUAGACAUCCAUCCAUAGAUCCUAGCUUACAAAUAGAUGAGAGCCAAGCCUUUCAUUCUUGGGACAUUAUUUUUAUGCUGGUUUUUCACAUGGAAUUCCCCAUGCUGUUAAUGACAGUACA